AUGGUGAAAGACGUUAUUGACGAUGAGUAUAUACCGAACAGGCUCCGCGAUUUGAAGAUCGAGCAAAUGGCUAAGGCGCUGAAAAAGAUCACUGAAGAAAACAACAACACGGCGGCGAUCGUCAAAACGUCUUGGUCCAAUGAAGACGGUGAAGCCAAGAGUUACCAGUACAUUGAGGUCACGCACGGGGAGACCCAUGAACGCUUCGUCUGCGACAUAGAUUUCUCCGACGAGCUUUCAGAAACGAUUGGCUUAACUUCAUACCUUGCGGAGGACGUACCCCAAACUUUCGUCGGCACCGAAGAAGAUCUCCGCCGCGUCGUAGCUGCCAUAUCCGAGGAAGAAGACGACGAGGAAUUAACGGGCCGUUUAGUCAAAUGGCUAGGCCCGCGGGCAUAAGCCCAAUGGGCUUGCUUUCACUUGGUCAUUUCCUUCACGAAAAAACUCAGAAUACAUAAAUACGCUUUCUUUCACGUCGUCGUCGUUUCAUUAUGUACAUAUA